CUGUAUUUGGUCUAGUACCCUUUCUCUUAUCUUCAGUAGUACAAUCUAAUCAUAAUCUAUUUGAGUCCAUAACAACAUAUAAAUAGACUCUUUCAAAAUGCUCACAGCCGCCUUAAAAUGGACAAGUGAAGAAACAGGUGUCAAAGGGACAGUUUAUGACUCAGAUAAAAGUCAGAAUGUCUAAAGGGGCAACAUGAGUCAAAAGCAAGUCACUAUCCUUCUAUAAAUAUUUUUUUCAGGUCAGAAAAGAAAAAUAAUCCUUUUGAAUAUGAGCCCUAUUCAACUUGUUGUUGCUGCUAAAGCAUCCCCUUUUAGCUAUGGCGUACUUGCUGUAGCAAGCUAUAUCAACUCUGUUAAAGAAGGAUCAGUCAAUGUCGAAUUGCGUGAUGUAAAGAACCUUGAAGGUGCUUCAAAGCCUGCUGCCUCUAUCAGCUAUAACGGUGAAACCUAUGACACAACUAACGCUAUUAUCCGUCUUUUGACUCGUCUUCACCCCGAAGCAGGUUUGUACGAUGUAAAAGAUGCCCUGACCUGCACCCUGAUCGACCAAUGGCUCGAUGUCGUCGAAUCUGAGUUAUCCACCACUGAUUUCAAGGCCCUGGAUGUCAGCUACAAAAAGCUCAACAAGCAUUUGACACUUCGCUCCUACAUCAUUGGUUACAAGGUUACUGCAGCUGAUUUCGCUGUGUGGGGCGCUUUACGUGCCUCUCCUGUCUUUGCUCGUAUCAUCAAGACCAAGAAAGAGACGCUUGGAGCCUAUCUUGUUCGCUGGUAUGAACACAUUUUAUCAUUUGAUGCUGCUGAAUAUGCCUUAACCGCUGUUCAAAAGCAAGAUAAAUCUAGCAAGAACAAAGCUGCCGAUCAAGGCAAAUUCGAUAUUGGUCUCACUGAGGCCGAAAUGGGUAAAGUUUGCACUCGUUUCCCUCCUGAGCCUUCUGGUUACCUUCAUAUUGGUCACGCUAAGGCCGCCUUACUCAACCAAUACUUUGCCGAGACAUACAAAGGAAAAUUGAUCAUUCGUUUUGAUGAUACCAACCCUAGCAAAGAAAAGACAGAAUUUGAGGAAUCAAUCAAGGAGGAUUUGGCGCUGAUCGGCGUUGACUCAUCUGUUGUCACUCACACUUCCGACUAUUUUGAUCAAAUGUACGAAAUGGCAGUAAAGAUGAUCAAGGAAGGAAAGGCUUACUGUGAUGACACUGACCAAGCAACCAUGCGUGAACAACGUACUGCUCGCAUUCCUUCCAAAUGCCGUGAUAACUCAAUUGAUGAAAACUUGCGUCGAUUCGAAGAGAUGAGAAAGGGCUCUGAGGAAGGUCAAAAGAACUGCUUGCGUGCAAAGAUUGACUAUGCCAGUCCUAAUGGUACCAUGCGUGAUCCUGUGAUCUAUCGUUGUAACUUGACACCUCACCACUACACCGGUGAUAAAUGGAAGAUCUAUCCUACCUAUGACUUUGCCUGUCCUGUUGUUGACGCUAUCGAAGGUGUCACUCACGCUUUGAGAACGAACGAAUACCGUGAUCGUAACGUUCAGUAUGAAUGGAUGCUCAACGCCCUUGGCCUCCGUCACGUCAAGAUCUGGGACUUUAGCCGAAUCAACUUUGUGUACACUCUCUUGUCCAAGAGAAAGCUCGCUUGGUUUGUCGAUCAAGGCCUCGUCUCUGGCUGGGAUGAUCCUCGUUUCCCUACCGUUCGUGGUAUCCGCCGUCGUGGUAUGACUAUUGAAGCCCUGAAGCAGUACAUUCUCAUGCAAGGCGCCUCUCAAAACACCUUGAUGCUUGAGUGGGACAAACUCUGGGCCUUAAACAAGAAGGUCAUUGACCCUAUUGCCCCACGAUAUACCUCUGUUCUCAAAGAAGGUGUUGUCGUCUGUCAUGUUAAGGACGCACCUGUUGAAGUCAAGGAAGUUCUCGUUCACAAGAAGAAUCCCAGCCUGGGCAAGAAGAAGACACACUAUGGUCCCAAGAUCUACCUGGACCAAGAUGAUGCCAAGACUUUGGAAGAAGGUGAAGAAAUCACUCUUAUGGAUUGGGGAAAUGUCUUUGUUCGCAAGGUAACCAAGAAUGACCAAGGUCUGGCCACAGAUGUUGAGUUGGAACUUCACCUUGAAGGUGAUUUCAAAAAGACCAAGAAAAAGCUCACUUGGUUGGCUGCUGAUGAAGACGCUACAGAUGCUCUCUUGGUUGAUUACGACUACUUGAUUACAAAGAAGAAGGUUGAAGAAGGCGAUGAUGUCAAGGAUCUUGUUACACCUCAAAGUGAAUUUAAAUACCCUGUCUUAGCGGAUGGAAAUAUUAAACAACUAAAGAAGGGUGAUAUUAUCCAAUUCGAGCGUAAAGGAUAUUUCAUCUUGGACUCCGUUGCCACUGCUACUGAACCUGCUCACUUUAUCCGUAUCCCUGAUGGCAAAGCUGCUUCCAUGGCAUCCAAAGCCAACAAUUAAAACGAAUGAUGUAAUAUAAUAAAAAGUACAAAAUUUUUGUAUAAAAGGAAAAUAAGAAAAAGAAAAAAGUU